AUGGGUAACUCAACUUGCUGUCUUCGAAACAGUGGGUCAGUACCUAGAGAUGAAAAAACAUACGCGUACGAAGGACAGUACACGAGGAACAAUCAAGUUGAGUUUCAAUACGUCAAUCAGUCUUUUCCACGAGACGAAACAUCUACAAACUUUCUUCCACACAUCAGUGAACGCGAAGUGCCUGAAGUUGGAGAGGAAGAUCCAUCUACUCAUCCCACAGCUCGACCCACGUUUAUGGAGAGGAGCAAGAGUGAAAUGAAACUGAAAGACAACCGUCGGUCGUGCUAUAUGCUGGACGCGGUGGCCGCUGGUGGUGGUUUUCCGGGCGUUUUACCACGAAGCCUUCGAAAGUCCAGCAGUUGUAGCACGAUUUACAUGGAUGACUCUACUAUUAGUCAACCGAAUUUGAAGAAUACCAUCAAGUGCAUAUCCCUAGCCAUAUAUUAUCACAUUGCGAAUAGGAAGAAUCGCGCGCAUGAACGACUAAUGGAGAUAUUUGAGGAGCGGCUUCAUCCGAUUACGCGUGAUGCAUUACCACCGGAGUUGAUGACAAAAGAUCCCGAUCAUCGUCAGAUUUACCGAUUUGUUCGCACCCUGUUUCACUCAGCACAGUUGACUGCUGAAUGCGCAAUUAUAACGCUGGUCUACAUAGAACGGCUUCUAAAUUAUGCAGAGAUGGAUUUAUGCCCAUCGAACUGGCGAAGAGUGGUGUUAGGGGCGAUAAUGUUAGUGUGGGAUGACCAGGCUGUGUGGAACGUGGAUUAUUGCCAAAUCCUCCGAGAUACUAAUGUGGACGACAUGAAUGAAUUGGAGCGACGCUUCCUUGAGUGCCUUGACUUCAACAUAGAAGUGCCAUCAUCCGUAUAUGCCAAGUAUUACUUUGAUCUACGAACACUUGCGUUGGCAAACGACCUACAGUUGCCACUUCAGCCGUUGUACAGGGAACGCGCUAAGCGUUUAGAGGCAGCAAGUCGGGUGUGUGAGGACAAGUUGCACAACUUUAAACGGAGUUUUUCCGCGGAACGUAUACACACUGAAGGAAAAGCACCAAUGGUGCUUUCCUGA